AUGAUCUGUUGCCGUUCAUUCAUCAGAGAGGACGACGACUUGUACGAGCUGCUCACGUCGAAGCUGCUACUCCAGUCGUGGCGGUCGCAGGAGGAGCGAGCAGCGGGCGCUCGCCUGCUGCUCGCCUGUGCGAUGAGCUUCGUGUACCGUGGGGUUUUCGAGGAGGGUAUUCUAGAGCGAGUCAUUGCGUGGGCCGCCCUCUCCACUCGCACCGCCCAACUCCCUGCCCUUGCCACCGCCACAGCCGCUGCCGCCGCUUCAGCUGGCGCUGCUGGUGGCGCCGGUGGCACGCAGGAGGAGGAGGAGGAGGAAGAAGAGGAGGAGGACGCUGGGGAGGAGGGUCAGGGGGGGGAUCGUGGCGGAGCGGGAGGAGCUGGUGCUGGUGGUGUUGUUGCGGCUGGUGCUGCUGCAGCUGCGGGUGGGGGUGUUGGCGUGGGUGGUGCUGGUGGUGGUGGUGUGGGUGCGAGGGCGAGAGCAUCAGCUGUUCUGGCGACGGACAUGCUGAGAACGUUCUCCACCGGACUCGUUGCUGUUGCACUCAGCUCCAACGAGGCGGCGGUGGAGCAGGUGGUGCGCACAGGCCUCGUGCAGCACCUCGCCCGCCUUCUGCGCAAGCGAGUGCUGGGGCGCGCUGCUGCGCCCGCUGCAGGGGGGGCGCAGGGGGGAGCGGGAGGACCAGCAGGAGCUGGAACAGGGGGGGUAGGAGGAGGGGGAGGAGUAGGAGCGGGGACGGGGGUUGUGGGAACACCUGGGAGCAGAGGGAGCAAGCUGCGUAGUGUGAGUAGCAGGGGGGAGAGUAGCGCUGCUGCUACCACUGCUGCUGCUGCUGCCGCUGCAGCUCAAAUUGCUGGAUUAGCAGAGGAGGCGAGAGCAGCAGCAUUAGGGGUCGCGGAGUCGAGAGCAGCAGAGGAGAAGGGGAAGACAGAGGCUAUAGGUGAGGGGAUGGGGAGCGGAAACGCCUCAGCACAUGCGGAUGUGAUAAUGACAGCCCCUGCAAAAGCUGCACCCAACCCCCUUUCCCCGUUAGGAAAGCUGAAAGACUCAGGAGGGGGAGGAAUGGCAGUGGAAGGGGGGAGAGAGGAGCUAGGAAGUAGGGGUCGAGGGGGAGGAGGCGGUAGGAAAGCCAUGCUGAAAGGGAGCAAAGCAGAGCAGGGCGCAGGGAAGGGCAAGCAUGCUUCCGCCUCUGGAAUUGGUGGGGCCGAGGUUGAGGGAUCAGGGUUCGGGGGUUCAGGGGCUGGAGGUUCUGGGGGUGCAGGGGUUCCGGGGGGUUCUGGGGUUAAGGGUUCUGCCCUUGAGAAUUUACUCCCUCCUCCGAAAGCUGUUAAGGUUGGGGCUGUGGAUAUCACUGAAGCAGUUGCAGUGGCGUGGGAGGCGGCGAGAAGGGAAGCAGAGGCGGCUAAUGCUCCAGCUGACGUGGUGGCUGCUGCAGUGGAGGCAGCAGCAGAGUCGGUCAGGCAGGCUGCUGCUGACGCGUUGGAGGGGGGAGGAGGAGACGAAGCUGUUGCUGCUGCUGCUAGGAGCGCUGCUGAUGCUGUGAGACAGGCUGCGCAAGCGGUGAGCGGGGCAGGGAGUGGGGCAGGAAGUGGGGCAGGGAGUGGAAGCAAGGGCACGGCUCCAGAUGCUCCAGCUGUUCCCACUCGCCCUGUAUGGCAGCUGACUCGGCCGCAGCUGGCGCAGCUAAGGGAGUGGUAUGCGGUGCAGACGCUGGCCGCACUGGGCGAGUACAUGGAGGUGCUGGGUCCCGUGCUGCACGAGAAAGGGGUAGAUGUCUGCCUUGCUCUGCUCAGACGCGCCACUCCUGGACCUCCAGGGGCCGAGGGGUCUGCUGCGGCUGCUGCUCCUGGUGUGGCCGGUACAGGUGGCAGUGCUUCUGCUGCCGCUGCUCCUGGCACAGGGGAUUCCACAGCAGGUGCAGCUGCAGCGGCAGGAACAGCAGCAGCAGCAGCAGCCUGUGGGCCGAUGAGUGUGCUGCUGCUGGCGGACGUGUUGAAGCUGGUGUGUGCGCUCACAGCACACCGCAAGUUUGCCACUCUCUUUGUGGACCGCGGGGGCGUGCAGCUGCUCCUCUCCCUCCCCCGCGUGCCCCACACCCUUCCCGGCCUCGCUGUCGCCUUCUUUGCUCUUGCCUCGAUCCAGCCUCCCCACACCCUCCUGAACCUCACUGUUGACCGGUUCACACCUGGUUCGCCCUUUCCUCAAGUAGUUGUUCAGGAGAUAUCUCCUCCUCCCUGCCCUCCCGCCCUCCUGCCCUCCCGCCCUCCCUGCCCUCCCCACCUCCCUGCCCUCCCUGCCCUCCCGCCCUCCCCACCUCCCUGCUCUCCGCCCUCGCUUCUACCCAGAAGUGUCAUGGAGCGAGAAGCGUCCCUUCCCCAGCCAGUCAUCCGCUCGCUCAUCUCAGCAUCGCUCCACCUGCUGCUGUGCCCACUCGCGAGUGUGAUGGAACGUGUAGCUUCCCUCCCCCAGCCAGUCAUCCGCUCGCUCAUCUCAGCAGCGCUCCACCUGCUGCUGUGCCCACUGGACCACGCGCGGCGCAACACGGCGCUCUUCUUUGCCGCCUCCCUCGCCUUCCCUCGCCUCCUCCUCGAAUUCGACGCCCAGGGGGGCCUCCCCGCCCUCAUUGCUCUGUUGAGAAAUGCUGCUCAGUUAAGUCUCACGAGAGCAGUGGAUUCGAGUGCACAGGCGGUGGAGGGGUUGAUGGAGGCGCUGAUGGUGUCGGACCGGCGCCUGGCGCACGCGUUUGUGCGCUCGCGAUGGGGCGCUGCUGAAAGGCUCGUGGAGGAGGGGGCAGUGGAUGUUCUGCUGGAGCUCUGCCAGGUGCGUGGGAGCACAAGCACCAGGCUGGAUGGAGAAGGCUGGGGCGGGUCUAGGAUUCAGGGGUUUGUGCGCUCGCGGUGGGGCGCUGCUGAAAGGCUCGUGGAGGAGGGCGCUGUAGACGUGCUGCUGGAGCUCUGCCAGGUGGGUGUGGUUACCAGCACGGGGGAGCUAGCAGAGCACGCCCUGGGCGUCCUCCACGUGCUCACCCUCGCGCCCUUCACGCACCGCCACGUGCUCUCCGCGCGAGUGGCCUCGCACCGCUGCGGCAUGCCCGUGCUGCUCGACGCUGCCAGCGGGGCUCUGCUGGCCGAUCCCGAGCUCACCACGAGUGCAGGCAAGGCCACAACAGCAGCAGCCACAGGUGCAUGCACAUUCCCUUCCUCCCUCCUUUCCUUCAUCUUCCCUUCCUCUCUCCUCUCCUUUCCUUCCGUGCGUCCCCUACUGCAGCUCACCACGAGUGCAGGCAAGGCGACAACAGCAGCAGCCACAGAAGCAACGGCGCCGACACUCAAGAGGCUGGAGCGAGCUGCCAUUGCUGCUGCCACUCCCAUCAGCUACCCCCCCAGUGAGCUCCUUCAACUGAUACACGCCCAUCUAGUAUCAGAAGGCCUACACCAGUCAGCAAGCCAGCUGCUAGCAGAAUCAAGCAUCACCCCUCUCGUCGCCACCCCCGUUCCCUCCUCCUCUCCUGCCACCGUUCCUCCCUCUGCCGCCCUUCCCUGCUCUCUUGCUCCCUCGGAGACUUCCCCCAAUCGCCACCCCCCCCACGCUCUCCCGCCGCCUCCCGCUCCUCCGCUUCCUCCGUCCGCCUCUGCUGCACCAGCUGCAACGUCAGCAGCAGCGCCAGCUGGCAAUGCCGGACUCGCUGCUGAGGCAGCAGGGGGGCUUAGCUGGCCUAAGGGCAAAGCCGGAUGGUUCUUCUCUGCUGGAAGAAAGGGUGGAACCUCAGGUGGGACCUCAGGUGGGGCCUCAGACGCCCCCUACAGUAUCACCCGUCGCCUCGCCGCCCGGCAACGCCGCCCGCCUGCGGGCGGGUGGCAGGGGCGGCGGCUGGAUCGGCAGCUAGUGUUCAGCCGGUUCCGCCCGUGGAGAACUUGCCGGGAAGAUGCGGUUAUGAUUACCAGUGCGUGUUUCCUGCUGGGGGCGGGAGGGGCGGGUGGGGGCGGCGGUGUGUGGGGUUUCGGCGGGGGGGGCGCCGGGGGCGUUGGGGGAUUCGGCGGGGGGAGGCGAUGCUUAGCAGUGGGCACGACUGCAGGGGAGAUUAAACUGUUUGACGCGGAAGGGGGUGUGGUUGUGGAUAGCUACUCGUGCCACCAGUCGUCGAUUGUUUCGGUGUUCUCGGCACCGAGACCGGGGUAUGAUGAUGAUGACAGGGGAUUUGUGGGUCGCGGGCGGGGGAGACAGCAGGAGGAGGAGUUGCAAGGCAAUGCAUUGGCAGCAGGAGGAGGGGUAAGAGCAGGCGGAGGAGCAGCAGGAGGAGCAGGAGCAGGGGGAGCAGGAGCAGGGGGAGCAGGAGGAGCAGGGUCAUCAGCAGCAUCGGCAGCAUACGGAGCAGCGUCCUGCCUCCUCCUCUCCUCAACCCGUACAGAAGUCAAGCUCUGGGAUGCUGCAGACCUCUCUCUCGGUCCCAUCCACACCUUCCCCUCCUGCCGCCUUGGCCGUUUCAGCCACUCCGCUCGCACCAUCGGUGCAGUGCGGUGCGACGGGCAGUCGAGGGAGUCGAGAGAGGUGCUUCUGUAUGACGUGGCGACGGGCAGGCUGCAAGAGACGCUCAGAGAAGCGCCCAUUGCUGCUGCUGACUCGUAUGCUUCUGGCGCUGCUGCUGGUGGGGCUGCUAACGCUGCUGGGGUGGUUGGUUGGGGGGGUGUGGGCGGUGGGGUGGCUGGUGGGGGUCUGGGAGGCGGCCGCGGUGGGAAUGGUGGCUUCGGUGGUCUAUUUGGUGGUUACGGCGGUUACGGUGGGUUUGGAGGGUUUGGGAUUGGGCUUGCUGGCGCUGCUGGUGCUGCCGGUGCUGCUGCAGCUGGUAUUGGCGGCGGUGGUGCUGCAAUGAUGGGUGGAGGAGGAGGGGGGGCAGGGGUGAAUAGGUCGUUGGGGUCCCAGGGCGUUCAUUUCUCCCCGCUGGACGAUCUGCUGCUGUGGAAAGGGUUCCUGUGGGACACACGCAUCAGUGAGCCUGUGCAUCGCUUCGACCAGUUCUCCGACUAUGGAGGAGGGGGCUUCCACCCUUCAGGCAACGAGGGGUUCCUGUGGGACCCGCGCAUCACUGAGCCUGUUUUUGAGUCGACUCGAAAACCGACUCAUCACACGAAGGGGUUCCUGUGGGACCCGUGCAUCACUGAGCCUGUUUUUGAGUCGACUCAAAAACCGACUCAUCACACGAAGGGGUUCCUGUGGGACCCGCGCAUCACUGAGCCUGUUUUUGAGUCGACUCAAAAACCGACUCAUCACACGAAGGGGUUCCUGUGGGACCCGCGCAUCACUGAGCCUGUUUUUGAGUCGACUCAAAAACCGACUCAUCACAGGAAGGGGUUCCUGUGGGACCCGCGCAUCACUGAGCCUGUUUUUGAGUCGACUCAAAAACCGACUCAUCACACGAAGGGGUUCCUGUGGGACCCGCGCAUCACUGAGCCUGUUUUUGAGUCGACUCAAAAACUGACUCAUCACACGAAGGGGUUCCUGUGGGACCCGCGCAUCACUGAGCCUGUUCACUGCUUCGACCAGUUCCCGAAUUAUGGAGGAGGGGGCUUCCACCCGUCCGGAAAUGAGGUAAUCAUCAACUCAGAAGUCUGGGACCUGCGAACACGGAAGCUUCUGCGCAGCGUCCCGUCCCUCGACCAGACCUCCAUAACAUUCAACGCCACGGGGGAAGUCAUCUACGCGACUCUCCGCCGCACCACCGACGACCUUCUAGCCGCCCUGCACGGGCGCCGGCGCAAGCACCCGCUCUUCUCGGCGUUCAAGACCAUCGACGCGACUUCGUACACUGACAUCGCAACCGUUAAUGUCGAGCGAUGCGUGCUUGAUCUGGCCGUUGAACCCACGGACGGGUAUGUGGCAGCGGUGGUGGUAGAUGAGCAUGGGGAAUCGGAUUCUGUUGCAAGACUGUUUGAGGUUGGGCGGCAGCGGGUGGUGGAGGAGUUGGGGGAUUACGACGUGGAGGAUGAGGGGGAGAUGGAGGAUGAGGGGGAUGAAGGGGAGGAGGAAGAGGAUGAGGAUCAGGAGGAGUUGGAUAGUAUAGAGGAGGAGCUUUUUGGAGGGUUUUCAGAGGAUUUGGAUGAGGAGGAGGAUGAGGAUGGGUUUGGGCAGCCGAGGGUUAGGGCUGUGAGGGGUGGUGGGCGUGGGGGGUUGAUGAAUGGGGAAGUGGAGGAGGGGGAGUACCUGGGGAGUGAUUCGGAGGACGAUGAGGAGGCGGCACAGGAGCUCAUGGAUUUGAUAAUGGAGGGACCGUCGGAUGAGGAUCCGGAUAACCGAAAUCCAGAGCGCGCAUGCUGGUGUUCUGCACUGCUCCCUGAGUACGCGGCUCGGCAGCAACACAUUCGGCGAGUGGCGUAA